AUGGCAGAAAGAAUCCAGAAGGAGUUGAAGGAGAUCGAAAAGAACCCCCCCGAUUUCUGUAGCGCAGGUAUGGUCGGCGGCGACAUAAGAAGGUGGCAAGCAACAAUUAUAGGGCCACCGGGGACUCCUUUUGUAGGUGGAAUAUUCAAAUUAUCCCUCACCUUCCCGCCCAAGUACCCUAUGAAGCCACCGGAAGUAACCUUCAAGACCAAAAUAUACCACCCAAACAUCGACAGAAAUGGAAACAUCUGCUUCAACAUUCUCAAAGACGACUGGUCCCCUGCCUACACUAUCUCUGCUGUGUUGGUAUCCCUCUGCUCCUUGCUCUCCUCCCCAAACCCGGAGGAUCCUCUCGAACCUCAAAUUGCCGCCGUCUUCCUCAAAAACAAAGUCCAGUACGAGGAGGAAGCCCGCAAAUGGACCGCCAAGUUUGCCAUGUCAUAA